GCGGCGGCUUGCUCUACACCGCGGUCGCCAAUUCCCGGCUUCUGUUCGCCGCGGCGGUCUCCCAGGUGUUGCUCGGGAGGCGGCAGACGCCGUGGCAGUGGACGGUGCUGUCGGGGAUCUGCCUCGCCACCGUGGCGUACGCCUCCCUCGGAGCAAGCGGCAG